CGACCUCCUUUAUAUUUUGCCGUCUGCCCUUCAACUCUCGCAGUCACUCUCGGGUCUUGGUUUCGGUCUGAAGUUGAGUUUGUGCCCUCGCUCCGUAUUCCUUAAAAUUUUCUUCCGAAGUUUUUCCUCUGAGAUAAAUAUGCCUAUUGAAAAAGUUUUUGCCAGACAAAUAUUUGACAGUCGUGGAAAUCCCACUGUUGAAGUUGAUGUUACCACAGAGAAAGGACUUUUUAGAGCUGGUGUCCCAAGUGGUGCAUCUACCGGCAUUUAUGAAGCACUUGAAAUGAGAGAUGGAGAUAAAAGUGCAUAUCAUGGAAAAAGUGUUUUAAAAGCUGUAGCCAAUGUGAACAAUAUUAUUGGACCUGAACUUAUCAAAAAGAAUAUCUGUCCGACAAAGCAGACUGAAAUUGAUGAACUUAUGCUUGCUCUUGAUGGAACUGAAAAUAAGUCUAAACUAGGAGCAAAUGCUAUUUUAGGAGUUUCUAUUGCUGUGGCUAAAGCUGGUGCUGCUCAAAAGGGUAUUCCAUUGUACAGACACUUGGCAGAUCUAGCAGGCGUAAAAGAAAUAAUAUUGCCUGUUCCUGCCUUUAAUGUGAUCAAUGGUGGAAGUCAUGCUGGUAAUAAAUUGGCUAUGCAGGAGUUUAUGAUUUUACCUACUGGUGCUAAAAACUUCACUGAAGCAAUGAAAAUGGGAACUGAAGUCUACCAUCAUUUGAAGAAUGUCAUUAAAAAGAAGUUUGGUUUGGCUGCUACUGGUGUUGGAGAUGAGGGUGGUUUCGCUCCUGACAUUCAGGAAAACAAGGAAGGUCUGGAACUUAUCAAGGAAGCUAUUGAAAUUGCAGGAUAUACGGGGAAAAUUGAAAUAGGCAUGGAUGUUGCAGCAUCAGAGUUUCAUAAGAAUGGAAAGUAUGACUUGGAUUUCAAGAACCCAAAGUCAGAUCCUUCAAAAUUCAUUACACCUGAUGAAUUAGGUCAACUCUAUUUAGACUGGAUCAAACAGUAUCCUAUUGUAUCAAUUGAAGAUCCUUUUGAUCAAGAUGACUGGGCUGCAUGGUCAAAAUACUGUGGUCAAGUUACUAACCAAGUUGUUGGUGAUGAUCUUACUGUGACUAAUCCCAAACGAAUACAGACAGCUGUUGAAAAAAAGGCUUGCAAUUGUCUACUAUUGAAAGUGAAUCAAAUUGGUAGUGUUACUGAAUCCAUUAAAGCGCACAACCUAGCAAAGUCCAAUGGUUGGGGAACCAUGGUAUCCCACAGAAGUGGCGAGACUGAAGAUGCAUUCAUUGGUGACUUAGUUGUUGGAUUGAGUACUGGUCAGAUCAAAACGGGUGCUCCAUGCAGAUCUGAGCGUCUUGCCAAGUACAACCAGAUCCUUCGCAUUGAGGAAGAGUUGGGAGAUAAAGCAAAAUAUGCUGGAAAGAAUUUUCGUCAUCCUAUCUAAGUGAUGUUCAUUUCUUGUUCAAAUACUCUACUGCCUCUUUUUUUUUUCAAUUUCGGUGAUAUGUUGUAAAAAUUUUUUUCAAAGAUAUCGAGUGUUAUAAGAUGUGCUACUAGCUUUAAAAGUAUGUUUUGUUGUGCAUGUGCAGAUGUUGUUGGAAAAUAUCUAUGAGAUGAUAAAUAAAGAUUGUUACCUACA